CAAUGGUUGAACGUAAAAGAGUAUGUAAAGUAUGAUGAAUUGGCGAAUGACAGUAAGAAAGGGAAUCUUUUAAAAGAAGGUUUUGAUAAACUUUUAUCCAUGAAUCUUAAUGAGUUUGAGAGAGAAGAGAAAAGUUGA